CACAGGAUGAUUCAAAUAAAUUGUUGCUACUGUAUCUAAGCACAAGUCGCAACCCAAGCGCCGCAACCUGGAGAAAAUAAUAUAACAAUUAUAAUAUUUCUCAUCAUCUCAUCUUCUCAUCUUCUCAUCCUCUCACCCUCCCAACUUCCUUCCCUUUCCCUUUUCUCUCUCUUCUAAAUCUCUUAAUAGUUGAAGAUACCUACUUACUACAAUCACAUACAUCCGUAAACAUAAUAUCAUUUUUCGAUCAUUCACUCAAGACUUUCUCUCAUAUUGAAUGCAUCACCAUCUGCUUACUCCUCUCGUAUUCUUCGCAUGUUCAAGCUUCCACAAACGCGGGAACUAACAAUCAUACUAACCAAAGGACUCAACUUAAUCCAAGCCUUAAGCUUGUUUCCAUACCCGAUGUGCGACUGAUCGCAUCAUACUCUUUGACUGGUUGGCAGAUAAAAUUCAAGUCGGUGUACAAGGUUCGAGUUACAAAAUGUCUCGAACUCCCGGCGAGUCUUCAGAAUCUGGGAAAGAUACUCAAGACACAACUCCAACUCCUUCCGGCAUGUCAACACCAACAAGUCCCACAGAUACGCGGCAUCCAUUAUCAAGAUCUAUCUCACAACAAAAUGAUGGCCUGGCCGAAAGUUUUCAGUCUACGGACACAAUUCGACGGAGACCAGAAAAUGCAGGAGGAUAUGGGACUAUUCAAUCGACUCCUCAGACUCCACAACUUGUCGACGGCCAUAGAAAUAGCGAAUCGUCCAUGACCGGCGAGCGACCCCAGCCUGUCAGUUUAGAAUCUUCACGAUCAUUCCAGCCAGCCAGAUCUCCCAUGCUAGGACCUUCCGAUCGCGGUCGAGCAGGUCAGCGACCAAAGAAACCUCCUAUGCCGCGUAGAGCCUCAUCGAACGUACAAGCGCCUCAUAGAGGGCAAGAAUUCUCGGUAGAUGAUGAUGUGACUGAGAUGGAAGAAGAAAUGAACAAGCAACAGGCGGGACUUGGAAUUGGGGGUAUAGCAUCCGGGUUUGGACCUUCCAGACAUGGUCCUGGAACCGUGAGGAGACGACCUGCUCCAGCUCAACCAACUUUACCAAGACUAGAUUCUUCCCACGAAGAAGAAGCGGAAGCGGAGGCUGAAGCUGAAGCGGCGGCCUCCACCAGUGGUGAAAGGACAAAAGAUGAUCAAAUGACUACAUCGGGCGAAGAUACUUUGCAGGGCGAAGAUGGUAUCGCAGAGGUGGAGGAGGAGGACGAAGAUUCCCUAAGUGAUGCGGAAAGUUUCACACUCAAGGAUCGUCAACAAGCAAUAAACCAAACCCAUCCUUUCGGUAUAAGAAUCUGGAAGCCUGCCCUGUAUAAGAAGAACCGUUCAGUUCAAAAGACAGCAGAAGGCGAUAUCCAUUCAUCUCCUGGUGGUCGUGUCAACAAGUGGCUGAUCUUCUUCAACAUCAUCUGGACACUAGUUUUUGGUUGGUGGCUGGCACUUGCAGCAUUGACUGGAGCAUUGGUAUGUUUCGUCUUCGGAGCAGCGCCGAGUGCUAUUGCAUAUGGUCGCGUUCUCUUAGAUCUGGCUGGCUAUCUUUUCUAUCCUUUUGGAAAAUUCGUUCGACUCGAACAAGACGAAGCUUAUGCUCACGAAGAUGAAGGAGAGGGCCGUACCAUCACGGAAUAUGAACAAUGGCAAAGUGGAGAUAUUGAGGAUGGGAGACUAUUCUUUGGGCCUCAUCAUCCACGAUCAAUCGUAGGCCGAUCACGGAGAAGCAUUGACUCGUUUGGUGGUAGCGAGACGGAUAGUUUACUCGGUCGUUCAAGACGCGGUACUCAUCGAGAAGAUUCAGCACGCCCCAAUAAAAGAAGACUUUUUGGAAGGGGUCAGUGGAAUACUGGGCGAGUUAUUUUCUUUCUAUUCUUUUACGGACUGAUCACGCCACUACUUUUCAUCGCCUCUGGUAUAUGUUGGUUCCUUGUCUUUUGGAUCCCCAUGGGUAAGGUUACAAUGCUACUAUUUGACCACCUACGUCGACAUCCCUUAGCUUUGUCUUUCCAGUCAGAUUCGGCAUAUUCUCGUGGAUCUAUUCCAAAUUCUUCGAUCCUCGUCUGCACAUACCGCGCCGUGGGCAGCAAGUACUGGAAAUAUACAGUAGACGGGACAAACAUUUUCUUGAUAAAUCUCAUGGCUGUCGUUUUGUUCGUCAUCUUUGACUAUUGGGUUCUUCUGGAGAUGCUUCACAUGAAAAUCACAAUCACUCACCCGGCAUUCUUGUUCACUAUGGCCCUACUCUCCAUUAUCCCUCUUGCCUACUUCAUAGGACAAGCUGUAGCUUCUAUUUCUGCUCAAUCAUCUAUGGGACUCGGCGCUGCAAUCAAUGCUUUCUUCUCUACGUUGGUAGAGGUCUUCUUGUAUUGCAUCGCUUUGAAUCAAGGUAAAGGGCAGCUUGUUGAAGGAAGUAUUAUCGGUAGUAUUUUCGCUGGUAUAUUGUUCUUGCCUGGUUUAUCCAUGUGUUUUGGUGCCAUCAAGAGGAAAACUCAACGUUUCAAUGUUAAGUCUGCUGGCGUGACUUCGACGAUGCUACUAUUUGCUGUCCUUGCUGCAUUUGGUCCUACUCUGUUCUAUCAAAUAUACGGAACCCACGAACUUAACUGUCUCUCAUGCACCGACACGUAUGAGUCGACAAGUCGUGAUUGCCGUCGUUGUUAUUUUUCACAAUCGCCGGCAUUGAACGACAGAUUUUAUCUCGAAGCUGUCCGCCCAUACUGCUGGUUUGCCGCAGUGCUUUUGUUUCUUUCGUAUGUCAUUGGACUAUGGUUUACUCUUCGAACUCACGCGGCAGUCAUAUGGAAUAAUGAAUCAGAAGAUAAGCAAAAGCCGGAAGUCAAUACUACUACUUCCCAGCAGCAUUCAGGUGGCGCCCCACAAACCCGCGCGCAACGACACGCUCAGGCUGCUUCCGAUACUCGUGGAAAUGAAAUUCGGGACUCUCAACUAUAUAAACGCAUCCUCGGCCAGUCCUUAAAGCAAGCCGGCAUCAACCCUAAGGACUGUACUCCCGAAGACGUUAAUCAGAAUGGUUCAGUACAGACACCUCAUUUGGUGCCACCCAAGAGUGCUGCAGGUGAUAGUACAAAAUCUGAUUUUCAAAUACCGGGAUUCACAGAGGCUCAAAAUACGACAUUUGUUCGUGAAGUAGCUGAAAUGGCUGCAACCGCUGCUACAAUUGCUGCUCGAGAUGCAGCCCGACCACCUCAUCGAAGGGCAUCUACUGCCCAUGCGCACAAGUUGCCUCCUUUGAGAACAGCUGCUGUGCAUACGGAACCUGAAGAGGCUGUCAACGCAGAGGCUCAUGCUACAAGUGGUGGUCAUGAUGCGCCAAAUUGGAGCCGAAUGAAGAGUUCAGUGAUCUUGUGUGGUGCUACUGUUCUUUAUGCUCUCAUUGCAGAGAUUUUAGUCAACACAGUCGAUGUAGUUCUUUCAAAUGUAGCAAUUGACGAGAAGUUCCUCGGUAUCACAUUAUUCGCACUUGUUCCGAAUACAACCGAGUUUCUUAACGCGAUUUCAUUUGCAAUGAAUGGCAACAUCGCAUUGUCUAUGGAGAUCGGAUCUGCGUAUGCACUCCAAGUAUGUCUACUACAGAUUCCGGCACUGGUUUUGUUUAGUGCCAUCAACGGCCAAUGGUUAGAAGGUUCUGAACUCGUCGAUAAAUCUUUCAGCCUCAUAUUUCCACAGUGGGAUAUGGUGACGGUCAUCCUUUGUGUGUUCUUGCUAAGUUACAUGUAUGGUGAAGGAAAGAGCAACUAUUUCAAAGGUUCUAUUCUUCUUCUUAGUUAUCUAGUUGUCAUUGUCGGCUUCUGGUUCUCGGGAAUGACGGAUCUCGAAGCUAUGGGCGCAAGCCGUUUUGAUAUUAUGGAAUCAGGAGGCAGUUUCAAAACUAUCGGGAGAGGCAAGUCAGGACAUGCUUUUCAACAAUAAUGAUUCUCUGUAAAGAUUUACACAGAGUUUACCGGGGAAAAUAAUGAUAGGAUCGGGCGGGGUGUUGGAGAUGGAUGAUAUGAUAUUUUGCUUUUUCGUUCUUCUGAUUUUUUUUUUUCUUUCUUAAUGUUGCCUCUCUUGUGAUAUCUUUGAGCGCCGGCGUUGAGGAUAUGGCCAUGGUAGCAACACGCGAGAUUUCAAAAGUAAUCUUGUGAGCGUUGAUACCAUAUUACAUUUUCCUUGCACAAAUUCGCCUUUUUUUUUCAUAUGGAAAAUCUGCUCUGAAGAGCUCAUUUAUGGCAACGUAGAUAGUAUGUUAAGUCCCAUCUGUACAAGUAGUGGGCAAAGAUGAGAUGAGAUAAGAUGGGCCGAGAUAAGGGAGCUAGAAAGUACCUAGGUAGAUAAAUCAGGUACAUGAAUGAUUUAAUGUGUAUCUCCGCUUACUACCGUUGAGAA